AUGAGUGCCCACCUGGCCAUGCCGCCCUACCUGCCUUACCCCGGCGCGGUGAGGUAUGGGGAUUAUUACUGGCUCUCUCCAGGGAGCAUGGACAGCGUGCCCGCCGAGGAGGCUCCGGCGGCGGACGGCCUCCCCUUCCCCGCGGCGGCGAAGACGCCAAGCCACCCAGAUGUCUCUCCAGCUUCCUCCAGCUCUGGGACACUCAUCCAGUACACCCCGGACUCUGCCACUAGCCCCACCGCAGAGCGUCCAUCUCCCCAUCCCACUUUCCAGAAGGUCAAGGAGGAAGGGGAGGGUGUGGUGAAGAAGGCCAAGAGCCGCACAGCCUUCUCCCAGGAGCAGCUGCAAACCCUACACCAUCGGUUUCAGAGCCAGAAGUACCUCAGCCCCCAGCAGAUCCGGGAGUUGGCUGCUGCCCUGGGGCUCACCUACAAGCAGGUGAAAACAUGGUUCCAGAACCAACGGAUGAAAUUUAAACGUUGCCAGAAGGAGAGCCAGUGGGUGGAAAAAGGGGUGUAUCUACCACAGAAUGGGUUCCAUCAGGCUGCGUACUUGGAUAUAACCCCCACGUUUCACCAAGGCUUCCCUGUCAGUGCCAGCAGAAACCUUCAGGCUGUGACCAACAUGCACCAGGCUUACAGCAGUGGCCAGACUUAUGGGAAUGGGCCGGGCCUGUACUCGUUCAUGGCUGUAGAGGAUGAGGGGCUUUUUGGAAAAGGUGGGACAAGCUGCAAUACUCAGCAAGCCAUGGGUUUAUUAAGCCAGCAGAUGAACUUCUAUCACAGUUACCCUGCCAAUAUGGAUUAUGUCAGCCUGGAAUCAGAAGAUACCUACAGCUUCCAGAGCACCUCUGACAGCGUCACACCAUUCUCAAGCUCCCCUGUACGGCAUCAGUACCAGGCCCCUUGGCAUCCCCUGGGGACCCAGAGUAGUUAUGAGUCUUAG